AUGAAGAAGAAAAGUCACGAGGGCCUUGUUUAUGAACCUAAAGAAAUUCUGAAACCCGCCGCUCUCAAAGUAACAAAUUGUUACAAAUCAUUGUGGGAAAAAUAUAGUUAUCCCAGGGCAUACAUGACUCAACUUGUCAGCUCCCCGGACGGUUCAGCCAUGUCAAGGAACCCAGGUCAUCCUCCACUUUCUCAGUCCAAGGAGAAUAGCCUUGUCCAGAAUCAUCACCAGGAGGAAAUGAUCCAGAACUUGGUCAUGCAGCUGAGAUACAUUGCAGAUAGCAUGGAUUAUAGGGAGGCUCAAGAGGAUCCUCAACAGGAAGUCAGAGAUGCACUGGUUCAUUUUACUUUAUCUGUCUUCAGAAGAAUUCAGGUUUUGCUGCGCUCUUUCUGGAACAACCGUUUGCUGUAAAAGGAAUGUAAACGUCAAGUUGUGUUUUCCCUCUACCUUCUGAGAACUGUGAAUCCUGGAGACAGAUGGGAAGAAGACCCUCCUCCCCCUCCUUCUCUUUUUACUCAUCACUGUUGGUCUAUGUGGGUUUUUGGAGAACUGCAAACCCACUGGGCUUUUGUCCAAGCAACCAGCUGUGCCAUGUCUGCAACUGCAUCGUGGUGAAGCCUGAGGAGGAAUCAGGAGCCCAGAAAAUGCCAACCCUGUGGAUGGUCCCAAUGCUCCCUGCAUGGAAACCUUGAUCAUUUCCUUCCGUGAAUGAAAUAGAACCUUGUCCUCAGAACAGAGGUCGCAGAGACGGACACUCCCUCCUGGGCUUCUCCCUGGGCAGCAUGCCCUUCCUGACCUUUGGCCCCACUCUUGUUCCCUAAGUCCAGAUCUGCAGUGCCAGCUUCUCAGCACAUUGCCCAGCGCCCCUCCAUCCUGGCUCCUCCACUCUGGGAAGUCUGAAGGAAGCUUCCGGUUCUAACACUCAAAUCCAACACAGACCUUCAUUCCCAUUUCCGUGCCUGGAACCCCCCACUCCUGUCGCCACUGCUGCUGGGUGUUUCCGGUGUGGCUUCUACCACACUGAGGUUCUUAUCUCACAUUCAUCCCUCCCUCCCUCCUCCUCUGUGACCCCUUCUUCCCUGACCCCUCUCUACCACCUCUUGACGCUGCCUGCAGGCGGCGCUCACUGUCCCCCCAGCCUCCUUCGGGCUGGCCUGCUUACUUACAGUGUCAGUCUUGGGCCAGCAGUCCCAGGGUCAAGACGGGAGUUAUGAAUUCACCACCAGGCAGUAACCUGGGCCUGCUGUCCCCUGCUGAGUGUUUCUCUGUGACUGGUGGACAGGCCCUCUGCCAGCUCAUUCUCUUGGGCCUUUCCCCUUCCCUGUUCCCCUCUUGCCUUCUUAUCUGCCUCAUCUAGCCCUGUUUAUA